AUGUCCCCCUCACCCUCCUCGGACGAAGUUGAGGAAAGCGCACAGGCGGUCGACCAACUGGAAGAAGGCGUCGGCGAAUCUGCCAUCCCUCCCGCCCCAGCGCCCGUUGCCGGCGGCGCACCCGUCAAGCGGCCUCGCGGGCGUCCGAAGGGAAGCAAGAACAAGAAGACGCUCGAGAAGGAGGCCGCGCAAGCUGCCGCUAUCGCUUCUGGCGAUCCUGCUGCUAUCGCUGCUGCAGAACAAGCUACUUCUGCCCCGAAGAAGCGCGGCCGUCCGCCCAAGGUAAAGACGGACGAUGGCGAGCCCGCUCCCAAGAAGAAACGCGGUCGUCCCCCCAAGACAAAGCCCGAGGACGCUGAGGAGGGCGGCGACGAGGCUGCUGAGCCCGAGAAGAAGAAGCGCGGCCGGCCGCCGAAGUCUGCGUCGUCCGCGGUCUAA